CCGCCUUCUCAUAAACCCCUCAUUCCACUCCUCUCUCCUGCAACUCUAAUUGCUCUUCUCUCCAACUCUGCUCUGCAUCAAUGGAGGUGCCGGAGUAUCUCCUUGGUGGCUUCUACGCCGCUGGAGCCUCUCAAUUUUCGCCCGAGAAGCACCAUUCCACUACUGACCAUUUUGCCGUCGAUGAAUAUCUACUCGACUUCUCCAAUGACGAUGUGGCAAUGACUAGCGGAUUCUUUGAUAACGUCGCCAGAAAUUGCAGUGAUUCGUCCACGGUCACUGCGAUUGAGAGCUGCAAUUCAUCAAUUUCUAGCGGCGAUAAUCAGGCGUUGGGGAAUUUUGGCUCUGCGAGCUUCGGUGAAGCUCAAUUCUCCACCGAACUCUGUAUUCCGCGGGACGAUUUGGCGGAACUCGAAUGGCUUUCCAAUUUCGUUGAGGAUUCAUUUUCGACAGAGGAGAUUGAAAAGGAUUUUCCACCUAUUCCGUUCCUCACCGGUACGGCGGCGCAUCCAGAAACGCCGUCGUCCUCCGGCACCACGGCGUUUGGUUAUGGAAGUGCAAAAACGACUUCAUUUUUCGAACACGAAGCUCUCCCCGGAAAGGCUCGAAGCAAGCGGUCACGCGGUUCUCCUUGCGACUGGUCCACGCGCCUUCUCCAGGCCGGGGGACCAGUGAAGUCGGAAACGACGUCGCCGUCUGGGAGGAAAUGCCUGCAUUGCGCGGCGGAGAAGACGCCGCAGUGGCGGACUGGGCCAACUGGGCCGAAAACGCUGUGUAACGCUUGCGGGGUUCGGUACAAGUCGGGGCGACUCGUACCUGAAUACCGACCCGCUGCGAGCCCGACAUUUGUGUCGACGAAGCACUCAAAUUCUCACCGGAAAGUGAUGGAACUGCGACGGCAGAAGGAGGUUCAACAGCAAGAGCAGUUUUUAAGUCAAGGUUCGAUAUUCGGCAGAUCCAACGGUUGUGAUGAGUAUUUGAUCCACCGUCCUAACGGCGGUGAUUUCAGGCACAUGCUGCAGUAGAAUUUUGCAGUAAAAUAAAAGAA